GGGGGCGUUGGACUGGUGAUGUUGUGGAGUGUCGUGUUGCGUUCCAUGCUCCUCGUUUUAUACGCCUUUUAUAAUCCGUAUUUAUAUAAAGUUUAUUUCAAUUGCAUUUAUCCAGGGAUGUUUUUUGCAAUGCAACCGCUAUUCACUCUGUGUCGCAAUGAAUAGAAAAUAUAAGAUAUUUACUAAACAUUUAUCUAGUCAAUCUUAUAUCUGGAUGCUAACGGACACCGUCCUUACCUCCAUUUCGCGAGAAGCCUGCAUAUCGGGAAGCUGUCCGUGUGGCUAACGCAAAGCUAGCUACAGUGAAAGCUAAAAAAACAAAACAACAACGAAGACAAAUGCUCGUUAGAAACUUCGCCACGGAUGUGACGAUACAGGUCAGAGCUGAGGGAUUGGAUCUGGGCUAAUGUCAUCCACUCCCAGUAAGGAGGGGAGUCUGUCUCAGGCUUCCCCCGACAUCAACAACAUCGUGGACAACCCUACUGAGACUGUGUCUGCAGAGAAACUACCUGAGAACCAGCCGCCACCUGUGGUUGACGGGGCCUCUCCGUCUUCCGCGUCCUCCUUUGAGAUACUUGACAUGGAGUCAGUUCCAGCUCCGUACCAAGAAGUGCAGCCCCACUGGUUCUACUGUCGACGGGCAGAUGACAACACCUCCUGGUUUCCUUUUAGCCGAGAAGACUCUGACAAACUCGAGAGAACCUGCAACACAGCAGGGGUGGAGAAAAGGGUGGUUGCUGUAGAUGGAGAGCGGUAUGAUGUCCAUGUCAAAGAAAGGAAGCGAUACGCUGUGUAUUGGCAGCAGGCUCCCACUGAAGUUCGCCGUUGUACCUGGUUCUAUAAAGGAGAUAAGGACACAAAGUUCAUGCCUUACCCUGAAGACUUCAGCAAUCGUUUAGAGGAGGCUUACAUGAUAGCAGUGACUUUGGACGAAUGGAAGAGAAAACUGGACUUUCCUACUGGAGAGACUGUUAUUUUACACAAUCCCAAACUGAUUAUGCAGUAUCAGCCAGUUGGAUUGCAGGAUGAGUGGAUGACCUCACCCUCGGAGCAGACUCGACCUCGGACAGUCAAGAGAGGCAUUGAUAACAUUUUUGUAGAAAUACCAGAUGGUGAACCAGAAAAAGUGGACCACCUGGUCUUCAUGGUGCACGGCAUUGGUCCUGCGUGUGACCUGCGUUUCAGAUCCAUCAUACAGUGUGUAAACGACUUCAGGAGUGCUUCUCUGUCCCUCCUGGCUUCUCAUUACAAACAUGCUCAGCAGGAUGGCCAAGUAGGCAGAGUAGAGUUCCUCCCUGUGAACUGGCACAGCGCUCUACAUGGGGAUGCUACUGGUGUGGAUGAGGACAUCCAGAGGAUCACCCUCCCCAGUAUCAGCAGGCUGAGACAUUUCACCAACGACACUCUGUUGGAUCUGUUUUUCUAUAACAGCCCCACCUACUGUCAGACCAUAGUAGACACAGUAGCCUCAGAGAUCAACAAGCUCCACGCCCUCUUUAACCAGAGACACCCAGAUUUUAGUGGGGCAGUUUCAGUUGUGGGCCACAGUCUUGGUUCUUUGAUCCUGUUUGACCUUUUGACUAACCAGAAAACUGGAACAGAGAUAAGAGAAGGGCAGCGCCCUGGUGAACAAAAUGAAGUGAAUUGUGACACACUGGAGAAAGCUCUGUGCAGACUGGGCCUCCAACAAUACGUGGACAUGCUGCAGGCUGAAACCCUUGAUCUGGAAUCACUGGCUCUAUGCAGUGACCAUGAUCUGAAAGAUUUAGGAAUUCCCCUUGGACCUCGGAAGAAGAUUCUGACCUAUGUCAGACGAAUGUGUCAGGUCAAGGGUCAGGCACCAGUGUUUCCACUUCAAGAGACCAGUGAUCAUGAUGAAAGUCAGUCUCCUAAACCAUUAUCUCAGCAGCAGCACUUCCACAGGGCUCAGUCAGUCACCGGUGCUGUAGACUAUGAAUACUUUGACGUGGGCAUCGGACAGGUAUGUAUUGAUUACCCACAGCUAGCAUUCCAGCCUCAGACGUUUUUUGCAUUCGGUUCUCCCAUCGGAAUGUUCCUCACUGUCCGUGGACUUAAACGCAUCGAUCCCAACUACGCCUUUCCAACCUGCAAGAGUUUUUACAACAUCUACCAUCCAUAUGACCCAGUGGCCUAUCGAAUAGAGCCCAUGAUUGUUGCAGAGGAGGACCUGGAGCCCAUGUUAAUCCCUCACCAUAAAGGUCGCAAAAGAAUGCACCUGGAACUGAAGGACAGCCUGACCCGUAUGAGUAUGGAUUUGAAGAACAAUGUCCUGGGAUCUUUACGGAUAGCGUGGCAGUCAUUUUCCAGACUCCCUGUCACUGCCCUGCCUCCAGUGGAGGAAGGAGAAACAACAACACAGAACAAUCUAGAAGAAACACAGGGAGUUUGUGAGGAGGCAGAGACGUCAAUGUCAGCAGAGCAGAACCAACAGCCAGAGAUUAAAGUGGGGAUGUUGAACAGAGGACGGAGGAUCGACUACGUACUUCAGGAAAAACCCAUUGAGAGCUUUAACGAGUACCUGUUUGCCAUUCAGUCACAUCUGUGUUACUGGGAAUCUGAAGACACUGCUCUCUUGCUGCUGAAGGAGAUUUAUGACAACCUGGGUGUGCCCUUGGAACAACCCCAAAUAUAAAAGCAUUUCUUUUUUUUCUUUUUUGAACUAAUGUGGCAAAAAUCUCAAGACGGUGAGAAAAUGAAGGACAGCUGACCAAGCCAAGCCAGAAAACCUUCUCUCUGGAUUUCACCUGACUCUUCCAGUAGUGGAGACUGCGUGUCUGCACUGUUGAGGUUUCUUAUAUUUCAAAAUAAUUGUCUGCUCUGAUUUCAACAGGCUAGGGGCCCCUAGUUGGCACUUUAACUUUUCUUCGGGUGUUUUGUCUGAAUGGUGUCAGUCCACCCAAACGCAAUUGAUUUGCUCCUGAAAUGCUACUUUCCUUUUUGGUCAAGUCAUGGUUCAUCGUGUACUUGAAAACUUUGCACUUUAUCUUCCAGUAUAAUAUUAAUAAUCAUGUUUGUGGCUGCGAUGAAAUGAUGACAAGCAGAUUACUUUUUCAGACACAUAAUGUUUUACAUAUCAACCUAAAAUCAUUUUUGUUGACAUGCUCUAUAUGUUUACAGUAAUUUACUUUAUACUGUACUUGUACAUACUAUUAAAAAAGAAACAUACCUAUAUAAUUUCACAUGUGUACUUGCCUGAAAUACAGCAUCUGAAAAUCAGAAAUUUUGAAUAAUUAUCCUGCUGGUGAUAAAAGAGGGGGCAUUUUCUAAAUGAAAGUUCAAGGGUUCAAUUCUCAGCGCUAAUGUGCCCUGGGACAAAAGAUUUAACCUCAAGUUGCCUGAUGUACGACAUGUGUAAGUUCACAGUGGAGUUGCAUAAGAGGGUGGUUCCUCAGUCCUGAUAAACACAGUGUAACAUCAUUAAAACAACCUCAAAAUCAAAGGUAAAUAAACAAUUUAAACAAAGUAAAACCUACAACCAUCAGAUGUAAAAUGAUUGAGGCUCUAUUAAGGUAAAAACAAUCUUUCUAGGCAGCUUAGUUUAUUAUUUCAUAAUAAAUUCUAUGCUGACUUUAAAUGAAGGUGCAGUGCAGCCAAGCUAACAGAAAUAAUUCUUGGAAAAACGACUUUCAGUUGUUGUAGAUAUUGAUAUCAUGGAUAGGAAUUGCAGGGUUUUGAAAGAAAAUAUCAGAUUUGUUACCUCUGUGUACAGGAUUGUUAGCUAUUUUCUAGCAUUGUAAAAUGUUUACACAAGGGUCAGGUCUACGUUCAACUCCUCCACCUCUGUGCCAUUCCUCCUCCAGAAUCUCAUUUACACCUGGUUGCAGUUGUCUCGCAUCUAAUACCAAGACAAAACAGAACUUGACUCAGUUGUUCAAAAUGUUUUGUUUGUCUUCAGCAUUUUUAUGACAUGUAGCUUUUGGUGUCCGAGCAGUUCCUGAGCACCCUCCUGGUCCUCACUUGUAAAUAACCAGCGGGCUGUAUGCAAAUUUAAUAAUAAAGAAAUAAUGAUGUUUAAAGAUUAUGUUUAUUUUAGAUAAAGACAUACUUUAAAUAUUUAAAAAUCAUAUAUCCAUAUAUAAUAUAGAAUGUAUCAUAUAUACCAAGGCAUUAAGUCCAGAAUAAGAAGGUGAGACGCUCUCCGUCAGUUAGUUUAAUACAUAGUCGACUAUGUUGUGUGUUGUUCAUUGUCAAGGCCAGGCAUCCUUCACUACCAAAGCUUUGGAUGAUCUGUGUUUCAGCCCCCAGGUAUAAAAUCUGCACAAUCUAUGAAUGAUCAAGUGAGGUUGUUCAGUUGUCUUUUGUUUAAGAAUGCACUGAACUUUGGGCAACAGCAUUUCAUUGUUGUAAUGAAUAACUCCACUCAUGUCUGAUUCUGUACGUUUUUCAGUUUCCACAUGUUCCUGCUUUUGUCAUACUGUAUUCUGUGUUCUGUCCAUAUAUAGACAAUAAGAAUAAGGUUUUGUGUUAGGUGUGCCAUAAUAAAACACUAAUUUCUGGA